ACAGAAGAAAAAAAAGUUCCUCUACUCUCCGAAUCCGCGAAAGGAUCACUGGUAAACCCUCGCUUCAACCCCGGCGAGGCUACAGAGAGCAAGCAGGAUCCGCGGAGAUGCCUAUGGCUUCUCCGGCGGUGGGGUGGCUGCAGGCGGCGGCGCAGGACGCCGCCAACUCCUCCUCCUCCUCGCGCUCCGGCUCCGCUGCCUUCCCCGACCAGGUCCUCGUGUCCAGGGCUGCGGGCCGGGUCGUGUCUCUGUCGACUUGCACCAAGGUUGGCGCAAUCAGCUUCGUGGUCGGCGUCGCGGUGGGCUUCACGCUGAAGAGAAGGCUGCGCCAGUGGGCUGCCAGGCUGCUCAAGAGGAUCAAGGACGACAACUAG